CGAUUAUGUAUACACAAUGAUGAGACUAGAAAAGAAUACUUACCAGAAAAGUAUGAUCCCUUGUUAAAUGGGCCUUCCCGCGGAAGAAUAAAAAAAGAUAUCACGUCGAUAAACGAUACUUCGAUCAAAAAGUUGAGAGAGGAAGGUUAUGCUAAAUAGACUUCAUGCUUUAUUGUUGAUGUCUACUUUUGAAAAAAAGGAAAAAAAACCAUUACAAGUUGGUGAGUUCUCAACUUUAUCAUCAAGUUUCAAUUUAACGGAUUCAGAACAACUAACAAAAUUUUUAGUAAAUGCAAUUGAGACAGACGAUAAAAAAUCUUCUGCAAUAGAAAAAAUAGGUAAAGAAGAAAUUGGUAAAAAAGUCCCCCGAUGGUCAUACAAAUUAAUAACUGAAUUGGAACAAAUAUCGUAUUUUACAAAUCCACCAGAUGAUCAUGAUAUUCGUUCAAGAAAAGGGAUCAGUGUAUUAAUUUUUGAAGAACCUAAGACUCUCAAAGAUAAGACUACAAACAAAGAUAAGAAUACAAAAGAUACAAAUAUUCAAGCUAUAAAAUCCGACGAUAAUGAGAAAGAUAAAAAUAUUAAAAAGAAAAAGGAAGAUGAGGAUAAUAAGCUUUUUUUAUUACGAUAUCCGCACCAAUCUGAUUUUCGCCAAGGCUUAAUAAAAGACUCUAUGCGAACUCAAAGACGUAAAAUAGUUAUUGAGGGACUUUUUAAAGCAAAUGCGCAUUCCCCUCUUUUUUUUGACAGGAUGAGGAAAAAAACCUUUUUUUCUCUACCAUACCUGGCUCAACUGAAACGGCUUUUUAGAAAAUGGUCAUCCAUAAAAGAGUUUGGGAUUUUAGAAUCUACAGAGGAAAAAAAAAAUAAUAAUAAAAAGAGAAACCAAAAAGGAAAAAAAACGACGAGAGGAAAUAGAACGGUUAGAGAUAGGGGAAGCCUGGGAGACUUUUCCAUAUACCCAAAUAAUAAGAGGUUUUUUAUUAAUAACCCAAUCAAUUCUCAGAAAAAAGAUUCUAUUACCUUCAUUCAUAAUCGGUAAAAAUAUCGGGCGUAUGCUACUAUUUCAAACUCCUGAAUGGUCUGAAGAUUUAAAGGGAUGGAAUAGAGAAACGCAUGUGAAGUGUACUUAUAAUGGUAUUCCGUUAGCUGACAAAAAAUUUCCGGAAAAUUGGUUGACAGAAGGUAUUCAAAUCAAAAUUUUAUUUCCUUUCUGUCUCAAACCUUGGCACGAAUAUAAAUCGCUAAAUUCUCGUGAUGACUUUUGUUUUUUAACAGUUUGGGGAAGGGAAACAGAACACCCUUUUGGUCAUCCACGACAAAAACCUUCGUUUUUUAAGCCUGUUUUUAAGGAACUUUACAAAUUUGUAAAAGUAAAAAUUAAAUUUUUAAAAAAGUUUUCAAAAAAAAAACACAAGUUCAAAAGAAACAAGAACAAUACACCCGAGUGUAAUAAAAAAUGAAAAAGAUGAUCUAAUAAAUAACCAGAUAAUGAAUCAACCCUUGAGUAAAAUUGAAAAAAUUACAGAUUGGAAAAAUUAUUCACCGAUAGACAAAAUGCAGGCUAUCACUCAUAGGACAAGUACAAUUAAAAAAAAACUAGAAAGAAUUACGGAAGAUAAGAAAAGGGUCACUCUAGAACUUGAUAUGAACCCUUACAAAAAAAGUUCGAGAUUAGCCUUGUCAAAAAAUUUUUGUCAAAUGUUGAAAAAAAAAAAAAUAGAUUAAUAUAUAAAUUUAAUUAUUUUAUAAAAUUAUUUAUUCAAAGAAUAUCUAAUUGUAUUUUUUUAUAUACUAUAUCUAUUUGCCAAAUGACUCAAAAAGUCUUUGUGGAAUCAACAAAAAUGAACUCUCUUUCAAAUUCAAAUAUAAAAACGCAUAAUAAUAAGCUUUAUAAGGAAAAUUCAGAGAGUUUUGGUGAUUUAUCCAACUUGUCACAAGCAUAUGUAUUGUACAAAAUAUCAGAAAGGGGUUUUUUGAACGUACGUAAUUUCAUAUCUGUUCUUCAACAAAAUGGAACAUCUUUCUUGAUUAAAAAGAAAAUAAAAGACUCAUUUCAUACACAAGGAAUACUUCCAUCUGAAGGAAUAAAAAAACAACUUAAGCGGCCUAGAACGAGUCAAUGGAAAUUUUGGUUAAAAGGGAAUUCUCA